AUGCCGUCCGCUGCAACCCCCAGACGACCGGGCCCCGCGGCCGAACAUGAGGACCCGGCAUCCUCUUCCGCCAACUCUUCCAGCUCCGAGUCCGAAUCCGACUACCUCGACAGUCCCGCCUCGCGCAAGAGACGGAGGACCGACCCCACAGCCGAACCGGAUCUAGGAGAUCUCGAGAACGACGAUGGCGAGGAGGAGGAGGAGGAGGAGCUCAAGACCGUCGUAUCUACCAUCAAAGCUCCGUCAAGAUUCAAGCGCGCUGCCGACCAAGCUCCCCAGACCUCGCGCCCAGCGCCGUCGCAAAACGCAAUCACCGCACCAACAGAUCCCAAUACCACCUUCUCUGCCAUAAAUGUGCGGCCGUGGCUUGUGCAGUCGUUGGCCAACAUGGCAAUCAAGAGACCGACGGGCAUUCAGAAGGGCUGCAUACCAGAGAUUCUGAAGGGCAGGGACUGCAUCGGUGGAAGCAGGACAGGUUCCGGUAAAACGGUGGCCUUUGCCGUGCCUAUACUGCAAAAAUGGGCAGAGGAUCCCACGGCCAUCUUCGGAGUUGUCUUGACGCCCACCCGCGAGCUCGCUCUGCAGAUAUUCGAGCAGUUCAAGGCCAUUUCCUCCCCGCAGAGUCUCAAAAUCGUCCUCAUCACCGGUGGCUCCGACAUGCGGCCGCAGGCCAUCGCCCUGGCGCAACGCCCCCACGUCGUCAUCGCUACGCCCGGUCGUCUCGCCGAUCACAUUCGCACCUCGGGCGAGGACACCAUCUGCGGGCUACGCCGCGUAAGGUACGUCGUCCUCGAUGAAGCCGAUCGCCUCCUCGACGGCACCGGGCCCGGCAGCAUGAUCCCCGACGUUGAGGAGUGCCUCUCCGUCCUGCCGCCCUCCUCGCAGCGCCAGACGCUCCUCUUCACCGCCACAAUCACCCCCGAGGUCUGCGCCCUCAAGGACAUGCCGCUCAAGCCCGGCAAGCAACCCGUCUUCGUCUGCGAGGUCGACACCCAGGCCCUCGCCAUCCCCGCGACCCUCUCCCAGAUGCACCUCCAGGUCCCCGUUACUCACCGCGAGCACUACCUCCACACCUUCCUCCUAACUGACGGCAACGUCGACAAAUCCAUCAUCAUUUUCUGCAACCGCACCUCCACGGCGGACUACCUCCACCACCUGCUGCGCAUGCUUGACCACCGCGUAACCUCGCUGCACUCCGCCCUGCCCCAGCGCCAGCGCGUCGACAACCUGGGCCGCUUCCGCGCCGCCGCGGCCCGCAUCCUCGUCGCCACGGACGUCGCCUCCCGUGGUCUGGAUAUCCCCGAGGUCGGGCUUGUUAUCAACUACGACAUACCCCGCAACCCGGACGACUACAUCCACAGGGUCGGUCGUACGGCACGUGCGGGACGCAAGGGUGAGGCGGUAACAUUUGUCGGGCAGAGGGACGUUGAGCUCGUGCUGGCGAUUGAGGCGCGUGUCGGGCGGGAGAUGGAGGCCUGGAAGGAGGAGGGUGUCAAUUUGGAGACGCGCGUGCUGCGGGACGCGCUCAAGCUCGUCAGCGAGAAGAAGAGGGAGGCGUUGUUAGAGUUGGAGGAGGGGAGGGAGGUUGGUGGCAAGAGGAAGAGGACGAAGCAGAAGCUCAAUGCUUGA